AUGGAGAGGAAAAACUUCCCUGGUUUCGGUGUUCUGGUGCCUCAUCCUCCGAGCAAACCUGCGCAGCCCAAACCUCCAGCCCUGAGUUACAGACAAAAACUUCCUCCAAUCAGAAAUUCCUCUGCGACUGAACAGAAGGGCCUCUACUCAGGUGACAUCAAUACAUCCAAGGUUCAGCUGCCCUACCAAACAACUCCUGGGCAGAUCCCCCGCAAGUUAAAGAUAGAGAGAUGCCGAAGGGAGUACUUGAAGUUGGACUUGGAACAGCUUCUGGAAGAAAAAGGCAUAUGUUCCAGUCACCUCAUGAUCAGCGACGAGCCUGUGACUACACCAGACCAUUCUGUGCCACCUUACCUCCCACUAGAGAUCUUUGACAAUGAGGAGUAUGACUGCCGGACUCCAGAAGACUGGCUGGCCUGCAAUGCUGAUGGAAAAACUGUUCAUGGAAAAGCCCUGCUGCCUACAGAGAACAACAUUCCUUCUGAUGAUCCAGAAAGCUCCCUGCUGGAGUACAGCUGGCAUUUAGUUGAAGUUCUUGAAUUCAGUAAGGAGAAAUGCCAGUAUCUUGUACAGAAGGUUCACCAAAACACUAAGCCGACAGGUAAAAAAAAACAUUUUUUUUAGGUAAACACACUGCAAACAGACACUGGGCACUGGGUACCCAGGAUUAGAGUGUUAUUCAUUGCUGAGGACCCACGUGUAUUUGUCGAACGGAUCCAGUUUGCCCUGCGUUUGAGAGAUAACGUAGAGGCUCUGAUUUUCUAUCACUUGACUGUGGACUGCAUGCCCAUCUGGAGUGGAACACCAUCUCUUGAUACUGUCAGUCUACAGCGUAUCAAAACUUAUACCCUUUCAACUCCUGGGCUCAGGCAAAAAAUUGUGGAAAAGUGUUUAGGGGACCUGGAGAUGGAGGUCAAGCUAGAUUAUGACCGAACAAUGAAUCGCAUGAUCUUUGACAAAGUUGUUCAGAGCCAAUCAGAGGAUUUUUCACACAUCAACUUGCCAGAGAAGGAGUCUGAACCCAAGUCUGUACCCCAAAGUGGUUGCGUUCCAGUACCUUACUUUGACAAUAAGAGAAAACAAGCUGCUUUUGUCUUCCAUUCCCUGCUAACAAAGCCCGAGGUGAUCUGUGUGUUAUCUAUAACAUGGCUGGAGUGCCACAAAGUAGCAACCAUGAAACUGUUCAAUGUCACUUCAGACAAACCUCUGCAACUCGACGAGUUUGAAGUCAUGCAGUUUCACGUACACACUCAGAUAAACUUGUUUCUAAGAGAAACAUGGAUAACCACGCUGAGCAACAGCAUCUGUUCCAAGCUUGGGGUCCUGGGCAGGGGCUCUUAUAACGUCAACGAGUCCUGCUGGGACAUGUACAAGUUUUCCAAGAUGCCCAGACUGAUGGCUGUGGUGCGCCUCUACAUGCAGGACUCCCUGCGCUUCCUUGUGCAGGAUUCAUUGGCCAGCCUGACUCAGCUGCUUUUAGAUGCCUGCCACAAUGUGCUGACAUGUCCUCAGGAACUGGUCUGGGGAAGCAACCUUAUCACAAGCCCCUACAAGCCAAAGAAGAACCCUCUGUUCCUGGUGGACUUGGUACUUGAUCAGACUGGGGUCCAUUACAGCCCUCCUCUGGAAGGUUUUGAGCCAUCCAUCAUUAACCUUUUUGAUAAGGGUAUUUUGGUCACAAAAAAUGUACCACAGCUUGAAAAGUUUGUGAUGAAAAAUUUGUUAUUCGGCGAUGAUCUGUUGCUUGACUCGGUGAGUUUACGGGAAUCAGAAGUAACUGAGCUAAGAGAGAAGGUCCGCAGUGUCGUGAAACAAGCAGCCAUUCCGCUCAGGGCUUACGCUGCUGAAUAUGAGAAACACUUGGCGCUACACAACCUGGACAUAGAAACUCAUCUCAAAUUGAAUACAAAUGCAGAAAUGACAUCCCAAAUAGUGAAGAGAGAGGUGGAACAGCAUCUAAAAGACCAGGAAUUAAUCGAAUACUCCCUGCCAGCCUCGAUUGUCAUCGGCCCAUUUGUAGUCCAUGUCGAAGCUGUGCGUAAGGCUCUCGCAAACAAAAAAAAGUCUUUGGCCAAUGCUAUGUUGGAACAGCUUGCUCACAAGUUACGCAAGCAGGUUGAUGAUGUGUGUGAAGAGUAUAAUGUAAUUAGUAGAAAGCUGCAUGAGAAGCCCAACAGCAUUGAGGAACUGACUGAAAAGAGGGACUGGAUGAAGCAAAUCCCUGAACAGCUCAAGAUUUACAAGGAACUCAUUGACAAGACCCUGACAGAUUAUGAUCUACUUGAAGAACUUUUCUAUAGUCUUUCAAAUGACGAUUUCAACAAAAAAUGGUCAGCUAUUGGAUGGCCACAAAGGAUUAUCAGCCAGAUGGAAGUAGCAGGGAUUCAAAAUGUGGAGGAUGAGGAGCUCUUCCGUAAAAUCCAGCUGGUUGACCAGAACAACUUUGAGGAGCAUCUGGAUUCUCUACAGAGGUUGGUUGCUGGGUUUACGGGCCACUCGGACAUUGAUCAUGCCCAUGAGGUGGCCAAUAAGAUGAGGCGUACAAGCAAGCAACUUAAGGAGUGCCAGACAAUGGUUCAGACCUACAACACCAGAGAACGUUUGUUUGGUAGUCCUGUCACCAAUUAUGAUCGUCUGCAAAAGUUGGUAAAGGACUUCCAGCCUUUUAAAGACCUUUGGACAACCACGUCUGAUUGGCUGCGUUGGUAUGAGAGCUGGCUCAAUGACCCACUGUCCUCCAUCGACCCUGAGCAGCUUGAGCGCAAUGUUUCAGAUGCACACAGGACCAUGCACAAAUGUAUUAAACAAUUCAAGGACAUUCCUGACAGCCAGUUGGUGGCAACUGUGAUCCGCAGCAAGAUUGAGGACUUCCGUCCUUAUAUUCCUCUGAUUCAGGGCUUGAGGCACCAUGGGAUGAGAAACCGCCACUGGGACAUGCUUUCAGAACGGAUUCAGAUGAAAGUCAAGCCCAAAGCUAACCUGACUUUCUCACGUUGCCUGGCGCUUGGCCUACAGAACCAUGUGGAUGACAUAGCACAUGUUGCUGAGGUGGCAGGAAAAGAGUACACCAUCGAACAGGCCCUGGAAAAGAUGGAGCAAGAGUGGGCGAAUGUAUUCUUUGAUGUGUUGCCUUACAAGGAGACAGGCACCUACAUCUUAAAGAGCCCAGAUGAAGUUUCCCAGUUGCUGGAUGACCACAUAGUCAUGACCCAGAGCAUGUCCUUCUCUCCCUUCAAAAAGACCUUUGAAGCCCACAUCAACACCUGGGAGAGCAAGCUCAGAAUAACUCAAGAUGUGCUGGAGGAGUGGCUUACAUGCCAGCGUUCCUGGCUCUACUUGGAGCCAAUUUUCAGCUCUGAUGAUAUCAACCAGCAGCUGCCCGUUGAAGGAAAAAGAUACCAGCAAAUGGAACAAACUUGGAGGAGAACAAUGAAAAGUGCCUUUAAAAAUCCAAAGGUGAUAGAAAUUUGUCCAGAUGCUCACCUAUUAGACAAACUGAAAUACUGCAACACGUUGUUAGAACAGGUACAGAAGGGUCUGAGUGAGUACUUGGAGACUAAAAGAAGUUCCUUUCCCAGGUUUUACUUCCUAUCGGAUGAUGAGCUCCUCGAGAUUCUGUCCCAGACCAAAGAUCCUAAUGCUGUGCAGCCACACUUACGCAAAUGCUUUGAGAACAUUGCAAGGCUUAAAUUCCAGUCAGAUCUACAGAUCACUCACAUGUACUCAGGAGAAGGGGAGGAAGUGAAGCUGUUCCUGCCUGUGUGGCCGACUGGAAAUGUGGAGGACUGGCUUAGGGAUGUUGAGAAAUCUAUGAAGGCCACAUUGAGGGAUAAUAUUGACCGCUCUCUCAAAGUCUAUCCUGAGCAACCUCGUACAGAGUGGGUCUUAUCAUGGCCUGGCCAAGUAGUCAUUGCUGGCUGUCAGGUCUUCUGGACCACUGAGGUGUCUGAGGCCUUGGAGCAGGGAGACAUGGCCAGCCGUCUUUAUCCACAACUACAGACACAGCUGGGGGACUUGGUGCAGCUAGUGAGAGGAGGUCUGUCAAAGAUGCAGCGAUCUGUGCUCUCUGCACUUAUUGUCAUAGAAGUGCAUGCUAAGGAUGUUGCAGCCAAGCUAGUGGAGCAGGAGGUCUCAAGCGUCAAUGAUUUUGAGUGGAUCAGCCAACUCAGAUAUUACUGGGCAAAAGAUGACCUUUACAUCUGUGCAGUAAAUGCAGAGUUUUUGUAUGGAUACGAGUACCUUGGUAACUCUGGACGUCUGGUCAUCACCCAGCUCACUGACAGGUGCUACUUGACCCUAACAGGAGCUCUACACCUGAAAUUUGGAGGGGCUCCUGCAGGCCCAGCAGGUACAGGAAAAACAGAAACGACUAAAGACCUGGGAAAGGCUCUGGCUAUCCAGACCGUUGUUUUCAACUGCUCUGAUCAGCUGGACUUCAUUGCAAUGGGCAAGUUUCUCAAAGGACUGGCAACCUCAGGGGCCUGGGCUUGCUUUGAUGAGUUUAAUCGUAUUGAUGUGGAAGUGCUGUCUGUGGUGGCACAGCAGAUCACCACCAUACAAAAGGCCCAGCAGCAAAGGGCAGAACGAUUUAUGUUUGAAGGGUCAGAGAUCCCUCUUGUUCCUUCUUGCGCUGUGUUCAUCACUAUGAAUCCUGGAUAUGCUGGGCGCACUGAACUUCCUGACAAUCUCAAGGCCCUGUUUCGCCCUGUGGCCAUGAUGGUCCCUAACUACGCUAUGAUUGCUGAGAUCUCUUUGUACUCAUUUGGCUUCAGUGAUGCCAAAGUCCUCUCCAAGAAGAUCACCACCACAUUCAAACUCUCCUCUGAACAGCUGAGCUCUCAGGAUCAUUAUGAUUUUGGAAUGAGAGCUGUAAAGACUGUGAUCUCAGCUGCUGGCAAUCUGAAGAGAGAGAAUCCUGACAUGAAUGAGGAGUUGAUCUGCCUGCGGGCAAUACAAGAUGUCAAUGUGCCUAAGUUCUUACAGGAUGACCUGAAGCUCUUCAACGGUAUCGUGUCCGAUCUUUUCCCAAAGACUAAGCAGGAACCGAUCAACUAUGGCACACUCGAAGAAUCCAUGCGUAACGUCUGCAUCAAGAAAAACCUCAAAGAUGUGGAUGGAUAUAUCAGUAAAUGUAUUCAGCUGUAUGAGACCACAGUGGUGAGGCAUGGACUGAUGUUGGUGGGGCCCUCUGGAUCAGGGAAAACCAAGUGUUACGAGAUACUAGGUGCUGCAGUAACAGCUCUGAAGGGCCAGCCCUCUGUGAGUGGAGGCAUGUAUGAAUCUGUUCAGAUGUAUGUCCUCAAUCCCAAGUCUAUCACAAUGGGACAGCUCUAUGGAGAGUAUGACUUGCUCACACACGAGUGGACCGAUGGUAUCCUCUCAUCUCUUAUCCGUGGAGGUGCAUCAUCCAUGGACGAAGAGAAAAAGUGGUACAUGUUUGAUGGGCCAGUGGAUGCUGUAUGGAUUGAGAACAUGAACACAGUGCUGGAUGACAACAAAAAACUGUGCCUCAGCUCAGGAGAAAUCAUUAAACUGACAGAUGUGAUGACCAUGAUGUUUGAAGUACAAGACUUGGCAGUUGCAUCUCCAGCCACAGUGUCUCGCUGUGGUAUGGUCUACCUGGAGCCAAGUAUUUUGGGCCUUGUCCCUUUCACAGAGUGCUGGCUGAGGCGGAUCCCUGAAGCCAUGAAACCUUUCACAGAGCAGCUGAAUUCCCUGUUUGCCAGGUUCCUGCAGGACUCCAUCAAAUGUGUCCGAACAUCAGUAAAGGAGGUCAUUACAUCUUUGGACAGCAACCUGACAUGUAGUCUUCUUAAACUAAUGGACUGCUUCUUCAAUCCCUUCAAAGUUAAAGAGGGAGAAAAGCCUCCUCCAAAAAAGAAAUUGGACCGCCUCAAGGAGCUGAUCGAACCCUGGUUCUUCUUCUCUCUAGUGUGGAGUGUAGGAGCGACAGGAGAUGGAGCUAGCUGUAGGCGCUUCAGUGCCUGGCUCAAAAACAAGAUGGCAGAAGAAGAGAUUCAGCUUUGUUUUCCAGAGGAGGAACUGGUGUAUGACUACAGGCUUGAUGAUGCAGGGAUAAGUAAUUUUGAGGAUGACGAUGAAGAUGAGGACCGUAAAGUCCAGUGGGCAAGCUGGAUGAAAUCUGCAAAGAGUGUUGUUAUCACCCCGAACACAAGCUAUGCUGACAUCAUCGUUCCCACUGCUGACACUGUGAGAAUGGCUUUCCUCAUGGAUAUGCUUUUGGCCAAUAAGAAACCUGUGCUCUGUAUUGGGCCCACAGGCACAGGAAAGACCCUGACCAUGUCUGACAAGCUGCUGAAAAACAUGCCUGCUGAAUACAUCACACACUUCCUCAUGUUCUCUGCCCGCUCCUCAGCCAACCAGACUCAGGAUUACAUUGACAGUAAACUAGAUAAAAGGCGGAAAGGUAUGUUUGGACCUCCACUAGGGAAGUACUUUAUCUUCUUCAUCGAUGACCUAAACAUGCCAAUGUUGGAGACCUAUGGUGCUCAACCUCCUAUUGAACUGCUGAGGCAGUGGAUGGACCACAGAGGCUGGUAUGACAGGAAACAGAUAGGGACUUUCAAACACAUAGUGGACAUCAAUUUUGCCUGUGCAAUGGGACCCCCAGGGGGAGGCAGGAACCCCAUCACCCAGCGCUUUACACGCCACUUCAACUUCCUGUCCUUCACUGAAAUGGAGGAUGCCAGCAAGAAAAGGAUUUUUUCCACCAUUUUGGGCAGUUGGAUGGGACCUGUGCCAGCAAUCCAGCCGCUGAAUGAGUCCCUGGUAGACGCUACUAUCAGAGUCUACGCUACCAUUACAUCUCAGCUCCUCCCAACACCGGCCAAAUCCCAUUACACCUUCAACCUCAGAGACCUGUCCAAAGUCUUCCAGGGCAUCCUGAUGGCUGAGGCUGGAAUGAUGGAGGACAAACUGCAGCUACUGCGGCUGUGGUACCAUGAAAGCUGCCGGGUAUUCCAGGACCGCCUGGUGUGUACUGAAGACAGGGACUGGUUUAACCUGCUCCUAAAGGACUGCAUUCAGAAGUUUGACUGCAGCUUUGACGAGGUUGUGCCAUUCCAACCUGUUUUAUAUGGAGAUUUCAUGAUUCCUGGAGCUGACAACAAAGUCUACACACUCAUAGAAGACAAGGAAAAGUUGGCGAAAGUGAUGGAGGAAUACAUGGAGGACUACAACCAGAUCAGUACCACCAAGAUGAAGCUGGUGCUCUUCAUGGAUGCUAUUGAGCAUGUGUGUCGUAUCAGCCGCAUCCUGCGCCAGCCCCUGGGCAACGCCCUGCUGCUUGGAGUGGGCGGCAGUGGACGCCAGUCCCUUACUAAGAUGGCCUCAUAUAUGUCAGAGUAUGAGUGUUUCCAGAUUGAGUUGGCCAAAAACUACGGUCAGACAGAGUGGAGAGAAGAUAUUAAAAGCAUCAUGCUGAAGGCCGGCCUCCAGGACCAGCAGAUCACCUUCCUCUUUGUUGACACACAGAUUAAGAGUGAGUCAUUCCUGGAGGAUAUCAACAACAUUUUGAACUCUGGAGAUGUUCCCAACCUGUACGCGUCAGACGAGCAGGAACGCAUCCUAGCAGCCAUGAAGCCAGUGGUGCAAGAUCUGGGCCAACAGCCAACUAAAUCCAACCUCAUGGCUGCUUACAUCAGGAGAGUCCGCACCAACAUCCACACUGUGCUUUGCAUGAGUCCUAUUGGUGAGGUGUUUCGUGCCCGGCUCAGGCAGUUUCCCUCCCUGGUGACAUGUUGUACCAUAGACUGGUUCAGCGCCUGGCCAGAGGAGGCUCUUCAGGCUGUUGCCACAUCAUUUCUUAAUGAGUUGCCUGAGCUUGAAUUAAGCCCGACAGCUACAAGAGGACUGACACUGAUGUGUGUUAAGAUCCACCAGACAGUAGCCAAGAAGUGUGAACAGUACCUGGCUGAGCUUUCGCGACACAACUAUGUCACUCCCAAGAGUUACCUGGAACUGCUCAAAAUAUUCUCAGAUCUCAUUGGACGUAAGAAGCAAGAGUUGUGUGGUGCUCGUCUGCGCAUGAAGACUGGCCUGGACAAGCUUCUUAGCACAGCUGAGGAUGUGAGUAAUAUGCAGGAGGAACUGGAGUCGAUGAGACCUCUUUUGGAGGAGGCUGCCAAGGACACCGAAGUCACUAUGGAGACCAUCAAAGUAGACACAGUGGUUGCAGAGGAAACCCGUAAGUCAGUACAAGCUGAGGAAGCCAAAGCUUCAGAGAAAGCCCGUUUUGCAGGAGCCAUCGCUGCAGAUGCCCAGAGAGACUUAGAUGAGGCUCUGCCAGCCCUGGAUGCUGCUCUCACGAGCCUCAAGUCCCUCAACAAGGGUGAUGUCACCGAGUUACGAGCGAUGCAGCGACCUCCACAGGGGGUGAGGCUGGUUAUCGAGGCGAUGUGCAUUAUGAAAGGCAUCAAACCCAAAAGAGUUCCUGGAGAGAAGCCUGGUACUAAGAUUGAUGACUACUGGGAACCUGGCAAGUGUCUGCUACAAGACCCUGGCAAGUUCCUGGAGAGCCUCUUCAAGUAUGAUAAGGAGAAUAUCCCGGAUAGUGUGAUAAACUUAGUCCAGCCCUACAUAGAUAAUGAGGAAUUCCAGCCAGCCUCCAUUGCCAAGGUUUCCAAAGCCUGUACCUCCAUUUGCCAGUGGGUGCGGGCCAUGCAUGUUUAUCAUUUUGUGGCUAGGGCUGUGGAACCUAAAAGGCAAGCUCUCGAAGAGGCUCAGGAAGACUUAGCGGCUACCCAGCUCAUCCUGGAUGAUGCCAAUGAAAAGCUGGCAGUAGUGGAGGGAGGCAUUGCCACUCUGCAGGCCAAGUACCAAGCCUGCUUGGCAAAGAAGGACGAGCUGGACAAUAAGUUUCAGUUGUGUGGAGCCCGCCUCGUCCGAGCAGACAAGCUCAUAGGUGGUCUUGCAGAUGAGAAGGUGCGUUGGAAGGAAACAGUACAACAUCUGGAUUACAUGGUUAAUAAUGUGACAGGUGACGUGCUGCUGUCUGCAGGAUAUAUAGCAUACCUGGGACCCUUCACUGGAGAGUACAGGGCAGCCAUGGCAGAGGAGUGGCUGAUUUGUUUCAAAGAGCUAAGUGUCCCGCACACUGAAGAACCAAACCUGAUCAGCACUCUUGGAGAUCCAGUCAAGAUCCGUUCCUGGCAGAUAUCAGGAUUGCCAAAAGAUAACCAUUCAGUGGAGAAUGGUGUGAUUACGCAGUACUCUCUGCGCUGGGCACUCUUCAUUGAUCCUCAGGGACAAGCAAACACAUGGAUCAAAACUAUGGAGCGAGACAAUGGAUUGGAGGCUAUGAAGCUUAGUGACCAGGACUUCCUACGCAGUCUGGAGAACGCCAUUUGCUUUGGGAAACCCUGCGUCCUGGAGAAUGUAGGAGAGGAGUUGGAUCCAGCCCUAGAACCUGUCUUGUUGCAACAGACAUUUAAGCAGCAGGGCAAUACAGUGCUGAAGCUGGGCGACUCAGUCAUCCCUUACCAUGAAGACUUCAAGAUGUACAUUACCACCAAGCUACCUAACCCACACUACUCUCCAGAAGUUUCCACCAAUGUCACCCUUAUAAACUUCACUCUAUCACCCAGUGGUCUAGAGGACCAGCUGCUGGGUCAGGUUGUGGCUGAGGAACGUCCAGACCUUGAGGAGGCUAAGAACCAGCUGAUCGUCAGCAAUGCUCAGAUGAAACAGGAGCUAAAAGAAAUUGAGGAUGAGAUUCUGUUCCGUCUGAGCUCCACAGAAGGAAACCCUGUGGACAAUGAAGAGCUCAUCCAAGUCUUGGAGGCUUCCAAGAUUAAAGCAGGAGAGAUCAAGGCUAAAGUGAUAGCAGCAGAGCAGACAGAGAAGGACAUUGAUGCCACACGUUUGGAGUAUGUGCCAGUGGCUGUGCGCACACAGAUCCUCUUCUUCUGUGUAUCUGACCUGUCCAAUGUAGACCCCAUGUACCAGUACUCUCUGGAGUGGUUCCUUCGGAUCUUCAUGGCUGGCAUUGCAAACUCUGAAAGAGCAGACACGGUGGAGAAGAGAAUCGAAAACAUCAAUGAAUUUUUCACCUUCAGCCUGUACAGCAACGUGUGCCGCAGCUUGUUUGAGAAGCACAAACUUAUGUUUGCCUUCCUCCUUUGCACUCGCAUCAUGAUGAAUGAUAACAAAAUUAAUAUGGCUGAGUGGCGCUACCUGCUAUCAGGAGGGAUGCCGAUGCAAGAGCUGACUAACCCUGCAGUGAGUUGGCUGUCAGAUCGAGCCUGGCGGGACAUUCUUGGCCUCAGUGCUCUGGACAACUUCAGCAACCUGGCAGAGAGCUUCCCCGAACAUCUUCAGGGUUUCAAGAGAAUUUUUGAUAGCAACCACCCUCACAGGGAGCCCCUGCCAGGCGAGUGGGACACAGAGCUGGACUCAUUCCAGAGGCUGUUGGUCCUCCGCUGUCUGAGGGCUGACUGUCUCGUUCAAGGCCUGCAGGACUACGUAUCAGCUCAGCUGGGACAACGCUUCAUAGAACCUCAGACUUCAGACCUGGCUGUGGUCUUCAAGGAUUCCUCCCUCUCCACUCCCCUCAUCUUUGUGUUGUCCCCUGGCACUGAUCCUGCAGCUGAUCUUUACAAGUUUGCCGACGUCAUGCAGUUCUCAAAGAAAAUGAGUGCCAUCUCUCUGGGUCAGGGCCAGGGCCCCUGGGCUGAGCUCAUGAUGCACGCUGCAAUGAAACAAGGUCAUUGGGUCUUCUUCCAGAACUGUCACCUGGCUCCCAGCUGGAUGCCCUCCCUGGAGAGACUCAUUGAGAACAUCGACCCAACAAAGGUGCACAAGGACUUCCGUCUGUGGCUCACAAGUCUCCCCAGCAACAAGUUCCCCGUCUCCAUUCUCCAAAAUGGAUCAAAGAUGACCAUCGAGCCUCCCAGGGGAAUCAAGGCCAAUCUGCAGAAAACCUACCUGAGACUCACCAAUGACUUUAUCACCUCUUCAACCAAAGUGGCACACUUGAAGUCUUUGCUCCUUUCUCUGUGUCUCUUCCAUGGAAUUUCUCUUGAGAGAAGGAAGUUUGGUCCAUUAGGCUUUAACAUUCCCUACGAGUUCACAGACGGAGACCUGAAUAUCUGCAUCAGCCAACUCAAAAUGUUCCUGGACGAGUAUCAGGACACCCCAUUCAAGGUACUAAGAUACACUGCUGGAGAGAUCAACUAUGGCGGCCGUGUGACAGAUGACUGGGACAGACGAUGUUUGCUCAGUGUGUUGGAGGAUUUCUACUCUCCCAAUGUGCUUGUUGAAGAACACAACUACUCUUCAUCUGGAGUCUACAGGCAGAUUGACACAAAUCUGGAUAUCAAGGGUUACUUGUCAUACAUCCGUGGUUUGCCCAUCAACGAUUCACCGGAGAUCUUUGGUCUCCAUGACAACGCUAACAUCAGUUUUGCCCAGAAUGAGACUUUUGCCCUGCUGGGAACCGUGGUUCGUCUCCAGCCUAGAACUGCCUCUGCUGGGGGAAAAACUCAUGAGGAGAUAGUGGAGGAGAUAGUGGCAGACAUCGUUGUAAAGAUCCCACAGCCUUUCAGUGUUCAGGAGGUGAUGGAAAAGUACCCGGUCCUCUAUGAAGAGUCCAUGAACACAGUGCUCAUGCAGGAGGUCAUCAGAUAUAACAAGUUGCUGGAGGUCAUCUCGCAGAGUCUGGGUGAUAUUGUGAAGGCUCUGAAUGGUUUAGUGGUGAUGUCAUCAGAACUGGAGCUUAUGGCCAACAGUCUGUUUAACAACCUGGUGCCUGAUAUGUGGAAAGCUAAGGCCUACCCGUCUCUGAAGCCUCUGGCCUCCUGGGUGUCAGAUCUGCUCCAGAGGAUCAAUUUCAUGCACAGAUGGAUCUAUAAUGGCAUUCCACCUGUCUUCUGGAUUAGUGGCUUCUUUUUCCCCCAGGCUUUUCUCACCGGAACCCUCCAGAAUUAUGCCCGUCGCUCGGGCUUCUCCAUCGACACUAUUGGAUUUGACUUUGAGGUUGUAGUGAAGCCAGUGUCAGAGAUAACAGAGAAACCAAGCUCAGGCUGCUAUAUCCACGGUCUAUUCCUGGAGGGUGCUCGCUGGGAUAAGCAGGAAUGUCAACUCACGGAUUCCAGGCCCAAGGAGCUCUACACAGAAAUGUCGGUCAUCCGGCUCAUCCCGGAACCUAACCGCAAACCUCCACCCACUGGGGUCUACGUGUGCCCCAUCUAUAAGACCCUCACACGUGCUGGGACUCUGUCUACAACCGGUCAUUCAACCAACUAUGUGAUUGCAGUGGAGCUGCCUACAGAUCAGAGUCAGGGACAUUGGAUCAAACGGGGAGUGGCCCUCAUCUGUGCAUUGGACUACUAAACACAAAUACACACAUUUUUUCUUAAACAAGAAAAAACA